UGAAGAAGCGGCGAAUUCAGUCAAGCACCUCUCGGUCGCAGUUCUGCUGACCACUACUCAGCAAGAAUGUGGAUCACCGAAUCCCCCGCCGUCCUUCAGCUGUUACUGUGGCUGUCAUCCUACUUGGCCACCACAUCUACCCUUGCGGAGCGCCUCACCAUCCCGCACACAACCGUCCUACACAGCCGUGGCGCCAACCCAUGGCCAUCCCACCCCGUCGGUGAGGUCGCAGCCGACGACGACAGGCCGACGCACAAGAUGCCUCCCACCGUCCCCCGCGACCCACACAGGUUCUGGCGCCGGCUGCGGUCGUUUGGCAACAUCGUGAGGUCGACCGAGGGCUCGUUGGACGUGCCGUCCCGUCGCGUGGCUCAGGUGCGUCAGGUGGUUGAGCCAGUGCCCGAGACCUUCUACUACAUCAUGGACAUCCUCAACGCCAAGGUGUAUGACGUCGUCAGCGAGACCCCGCUGGACCGGGCCCCCAACCUCUCCAAGAAGAUCGGCAACACGGUGCUCCUCAAGCGGGAGGACCUGCAGCCCGUCUUCUCUUUCAAGAUCCGAGGGGCCUACAACAAGAUCCGCUCCCUCACCGCCGAGCAGCGCGCCAAGGGCAUCAUAGCCUGCUCGGCGGGCAAUCACGCGCAGGGGGUGGCGUACAGCGCCAAGAAGCUGGGGAUAUCGGCCAAGAUCUACAUGCCCGAGAUCACGCCGUCCAUCAAGGUCAACGCCGUGCGGUCCUACGGGAGCGGGGUGGAGGUGAUACUGGUGGGGAGCAACUUCGACGAGGCCUUUGCCGCCUGCAUGGAGUGCGCCAGGCGGGAGGGCAGGACGCUCAUCCACCCAUUUGAUGACCCACUGGUCAUUGCUGGCCAAGGUGAGAAAGAGAAUCGGACAGCACCCCACCCAUGUGUGUGUGUGUGUGUGUGUGUGUCAGGCACGAUAGGGAUGGAGGUGCUGAAGCAGACGACAUCUCAGCCGAUCGACGGCAUCUUCAUCUGCUGCGGCGGCGGCGGGCUGCUCAGCGGCGUGGGCGCAUUCAUCAAGGCCGUCGCGCCACACAUCAAAAUCUACGGCGUCGAAACCGCUGAUGCUGCUGGUAGGCAACUCUAUCACCGUCAUUCGGUCCCUCAGUCAGUCAGUCAAAUCAAGAGAGCGAAGUGGAUGGAUGGGCGGGCCUGUGUGGGUAUGUGUUGUGUGUGCGUGUGUAGCGAUGACAGAGAGCCUGAAGGCGUGUCGUUUGGUGGAGUUGGACACGGUGGGCACCUUUGCCGACGGGGCGGCCGUCCGCAGAGUGGGCGCCAACACUUUCAAAGUCUGCCAGGUGCGUCCACACGUCCACACGUCCACACAUCCACACACACAGACACACAGACACACGCACACACGUGCACAUCGACGACAUGUGUGAUUGGGGUGAAUGGGAUGAAUGUGACUACAGGAGGUAGUGGACGAGAUGAUCACUGUGAGCACGGACGAGGUGUGUGCGGCCAUCAAGGACGCUUUCACAGACAUCAGGGUCGUCCUGGAGCCUGCGGGGGCACUCGCUAUCGGUACACACACAACACAGAGACAGAGAGAGGGGGAUGGAUGGCUGUGUGUCGGUUCAGCUGGCAUGAAGAGCUUCGUUGAGCGGACGGGCGCCAAAGGGAAGACAUUCGUGGCCAUCGCAUCCGGUGCACACACAGACAGACAGAGACACACACAGAGAGAUCCUUCCAUCCAUUCAUCUGAGCACUCACUCUGUCAUCCAUCGUGAUCGCUAUAUGGUCAGGUGCCAACAUGGACUUCGACCGUCUCCGGUUCGUGUCUGAGCGGGCAGACACGUCCGAGUCGCUCGUCUCGGUCAUCGUACCGGAAAGGCCCGGCACCUUCAGACAGCUGUACGACAUCAUCUACCCACGGUACGGUACGCUGCGUACCCUCCCCCCCCACACACACAACCCAAUUCCCCUGCAUGUGCAUCGUCGUCGUCUCUCUCUCUCUCUUUCUCUGUGUGUGUGUGUGUUGCAGUGAGGUGACAGAGUUCAGUUAUCGGCUGUGCAGCCAGCCCGAGGACGUCAAGGGGUCGGGCAAUGGCAACGGCAACGGGGCGGCAGCCAGGGCCGCCAACCAGGCGCACAUAAUGAUGAGCUACAGACCCAAAAACAGAAAAGACGAACAGGAUGUAAGCACAGCACACACAUAGUUUAAACCCCCCCGCGCAGCACACACACGCCUUAAUGGAUGGAUGGAUGGAUGCGGUGCAUGGCCAUGUGUGCAGGUGGAGAACAAGCUGAGGCGGGCGGGGUUCAUCACCAUGAACCUCAACUCAAAUGAACUUGCAAAGGUACACACACACGUGUCUGGACCAUCCCUCCCCUCCCUGCGGUCAUCCAUCCAUCCAUCCCUCCAUCCGUCCAUUCCCGUGUGCUUCUACCCUACCCAGACCCACGGUCGUCACCUGGUGGGUGGCCGCGCCCCGCUGGCCAAGGACGAGGUGCUUUAUCGAGUGGAGUUCCCCGAAAAGCCCGGCGCUCUGCGGAAAUUCCUCUACUCAUUGAGCUCCAAGCGGAACAUUUCCCUGUUCCAUUACAGGUCACACACACACUCAACCAACACAGAGGGCGAGGGGAGAUGCCGCCAGGGGGCAGUGCAGUGUGGGUGGCUGUGAAUGAAUAUGGUUGUGAUGUGAUGUGAUGUGAUGCUGUGUGUGCAGGAACCAUGGUUCUGACAUCGGGCGUGUGUUGGUGGGCAUCCAGGUGCCCCCAGAGCACAGGGGAGAGUUCCAGGUCAGUCAGCCACACAGCCACACAGUCACGUCAUGCACUCACACAGACAGACAGACAAGCAUACGGCCCUCCCUCCUCUCUCUCCCUGCUUUGUUUGUUUGGUUCAUUCAGGACACGUUGCACACAUUGCAGGCGGCGGGGUACCAGUGGAUAGAGGAGACCUACAACCCCGUCUACAGGCAAUUCCUCAGCAACAGAACCGCACCACCCAAGGGACGGCGCAAGACACCAACUUCUGCAAGGACAACCGACGCAUGAAGCAAGAAAGAAAGAAAGAAACAAGUUACCGGUCGGAGAGAGAGAUGACGAGGGGGGGGAGGGGGGUGCGUGUGUCUGAAUGCCUGGGUGGGUGUCUUCCUGCUUGCGUGGGUGUCUACUACUAUUUAUGGGCUGGCUGGCCGGCUGGCCGUCCGGCCGUGUACAUAAGAAGGAGUGAGCACAAAGCGAGAGAACGAAUAUUAAUGUGCGUGUAGAGGGAGGGGAGGCAGUUAGUCAGUGGAUAAGACAGACAACCUAACCUAACCUGUGUGUGUGUGUGUGUGUGCGGUUGGUGAUAGCUAUCAGCUAGCCCAUAAUGAAUUCCUUCCUUACCGUUCCUUCCCUCCCUCCCUCCCUCCCUCCCUAUACACCAACUUGCUGGAGGGAGUGCCUGAGUAAGUAUGUGUUGAUUGAUUGGCCUGUUGAUUGAUUGAUUGUACCAUAACCGACGGACAGACAGACAGAGGGCCUCUCUCUGUGUGGUCGGUUUUGUGUUGACACACGGACGCACAGACAGGGAUGGAUGGAUGGAUGGAGGGAUGAGGGGAUGGGCGCACUUCAGUUUUGACCCCACCUCUGUCUGCCAGUUCCCAUGAGUGAGUUGAUCUGUGUUGUGUCGUGUUGUGUUGUGUUGUGUUCGUGCGUGUGUGUGAGUUGGAAGGAGAGAGGGGAGGGGGCUGUGUAGGAUGGAUGGACGGUAAGCAGUGAGUGCUCACAGCUGAGCUGCACCAAUCAACAACAUGUACUGCUUACUACUUCGACAGCAGCUGCUGACCCUCACUCAUUGCCACUGUGUUCUUGCUUCCUCAUGCCAUGCGACAGAUAGUCAUUCACGCGAUUGCACUCGUGGGUGCGGCACACUCUCAUACAGACACUCUUUCUUUCAGUUAUUCAGUCAUUCACUGCGCUGAAUGAAUGACUGACUGACUGAAAAAGUGUGUGGCGUGCGUGUGUGUGUGUGACACUCGUUUGUCUGUCACCCAUGCUAUGCAAUAUGUAUGAAAUGCGAUGAAUCCACC